AUGAUCAAGAUUGUACCAGCCUUUGGCAUUCAUCCGUGGUGGAGUCACCAAUCGAACACGGACAGCUUGAAACUUCUUUUGGACAUUUUGAUGCAGUAUCCAACAGCAAGUGUAGGGGAAAUUGGUUUGUGCAAAAGUGUGAGAGGACGUCAAGUACCACUGGAUGUGCAGGUUGAAACAUUCAAAUCGCAGCUAGGGAUAGCGGCAGAGUUAAAAAGAGCUUGUGUACUGCACUGCGUGGGACACUUUGACAAGUUGCUAGGGAUUUUGCAAGGUGUCAGGCAUGCUAGUGGUAAAUUGCCUCCGAUUCUUAUUCUACAUUCGUUUAGCGGGUCGCCAGAUAUGAUGAGGUCAUUUCUCAGGCUACAGGAAACUAAGGUAUUCAUCUCUUUCAAUGCGAAGCAGCUGACAGACCCGCGAAUGAAAAAAGUUGUGGCAUGCUGCAAGGAAGUGCCAUUGGAGGCCCUUUUGCUUGAAACUGAUGCCCCUGAUCAAGCUCCUUCGAUCGAGCAUGUCAGUCAAUUAUUUAAAAAUGAAAAGUGGGGCGAUGCAGGUGUUCCUCUGCUGUUAUCAGAGAAUUCGGCAGCUGUAAAUGAGCCUUGCAUGGUAAAACUUGCACUGCAAAGUGCCACGGAACUUCGGGGUAUUCGAAUUGAUGAACUGGCUACUCUUGUAUAUCAAAACUCCAAAUUAGCCUUUGGAAUUGACGAUUCCGAUUCAAAUUGA